GCGAUUUUAAAGUCUCAAGAGCGACUUAGAGUUUUUGUGUCACAGCCAUGACCUAUUGCAGCGCCCUGUUGCUGCUGUCCUUGCGGAUUGUAGGGACAGCUGCGCUGGGAACGCUGCAGAGCUUCACCGUCUUCUCGGAACCCAUUUUCCUCCGGAGAGGCGAGGUGCACAACCGAUAUAUUCUUCCCAAGGCCCUUCCUGCAGACAUCGUGCAGAAAUUUGCGAACAAGACCAUGCACAUGAAGAGCGCUCAGCUGGAUAUCGUGCUGGUCGACAACAAGACCGGUGAGAAGCGGCCCGCACCGUUGUACAUGACGUACAACCACCACCAUGCCUUGAUGUUAGGGCCACAAGAUGACCUCAUGCAGCUCUACAACUACACCAAGGGCCACGAUCCCCUCGACCCAUCCAGCUUCCCCAACCAGACCAAGCAUGCGCAGCAUGCGCACCACCGGGGCUGCAUGAUGAAGCGCCGCUCCUUCGAGGCCAUCCUCACGGAGGCGUUGCCGGAAGGCCGCCGCGAGAGCAUCGCCGCCUUCGGCGGCGCCAGCGGGGCGGAGUACCGCGGCACCAGCACACGGCUGGCGGGGCACUACACGUACACAGUGGACAGCCCGCAGAGUUUUAUGGUCUUGAUGCACUUCAUCAACACCCACGGUGUCCCAACCAGUCAAAAGCUGUGGGAAUGUCCUUGCACCAGUCGUCGCAAGAUUAAUGUGACGAAUAGCACCAUCGAUGGCAUGAAGCCCAUCGCCUUCCAAUGCUCAGAGCAGUUGAUUCAGGAGAAGAACACUGCCUGCAGCCUUGCUACGUAUCAAGGUGGCUACCGCUGCUGUGAGCACGGCAUCUUUCUGACGGAGGAGCUCCCGGGCCCCGAUGCCCCGGUGGAUCAGAUAGAGGCGAAGUUCACCUUCGAGUAUUACGAGCCUGAUGCGCCAGAGGUCCUGACUGCCAAGGGCACCAUGCAGCCGAGCUGUUGCGAUGCCACCGGGGGCUAUCUGUCGAACAGUUCCUACUUUGCAAAUCUGGAGUAUGACAUCCCUCAGUGCAGCCCUGGAACCCCGCCAGAGCAGUGUGAACACGUGAUUUCCAGCGUUGAGUAUUUCGAUGUGCCCAGCAGCAACGGUACAGAUCCCAACGAAGAGUUUGAGCUCGUCCAUGCCUGGGGACAUCAACACGUGGCAGGAAGUGGUCUCGAGCUUUGGAAGGAGUCCACCGGAGAACUUUUGUGCCGCAGCCAUCCGAAAUACGGCACGGGGCAUCUGGCUGGAGACGAAGAGGGAUUCGUUGUGGGUAUUCCGCCAUGCGUCUGGGGUCCACCCCCUCUGUCCCCUCCUCCUCGCUUCCGGCGCCACGACCACGUGCGGACGGUGGCACGCUACAACGCAUCUCAACGACACCAUGGCGUGAUGUCUUUAUGGCUUUUGACCGCUGCCUCUCUAAAAUCUGAGGGUCUUAACGCUGAGGUUUUGAUCUAAGCGUAAGGCUUGCGUGCCGAAAGCCAGCAACAACUUCAGGACACUCAGAUACGGUAUUUAUUGAAAUUGGGAUUUUGUUGUUGAAAUUGAAACCUGAAGGUGUUGAACACAUUUUCGAUGGACAAACCAUCGGAAAUUCUCAAACCUCUUGAACAAUAAUUGAGAAGGGACAGUC